UUGCAAGGUCCAUGAAAUGAAAUCUUUAAUAGCCAUUAAAAGACUUGUUUAUUAGAAACUGUUACCCUUUGUCAGCAGCUGUUGUUCUGCUUUAGGUGGGUGUGACUGUUGCUCAGACCACCAUGGAGCCGCACCUGUUGGAGGCGUGUGUUAGGGAGGUGCUUAAUGACACCGCUCCACGUGCCAUGGCUGUACUCGAGCCUCUCAAAGUCACCAUCACCAACCUGCCAACCAAUGCACAGAAGGAGGUUCGAGUCCCAGACUUCCCAGCCAAUGAAGCCAAGGGCAGUCACGUGGUUCCCUUCUCAAAGACCAUCUUUAUUGAGCAGAGUGACUUCAGAGAGGUGAUGGAGAAGGGCUAUAAGCGCCUGACUCCAGAUCAGCCAGUAGGCUUAAGACAUGCGGGAUACGUCAUCUCUGUGCAGCGUGUCAUCAAGGAUGGCUGUGGUAAUGUGUUUGAGUAUUGA